AUGGAUGAAAGCCGGGAUCCACAGGAUGAAAGCGGCUGCACGCUUUCCGAUGAAAGCGAAGAGGAGGUGGAUGAGAGUGUUGCUGAGGACAUGGUCCGCCUGGAGAAUGAUUUUCAGGGCAUCGCUUCCAGAUAUCGAUUGAUCAAUCGCAUUGGAGAAGGAACAUUCUCGACGGUCUACAAGGCUGAGGAUCUACAGUACAAUGCCUACAAGAACGGCUGGGAUGCCCAACCGUUCGACAACAGCUCUCCCCAGAAGCGGCAGUCCAGAGGGCCGAAGCCUAGAUUCGUGGCUAUAAAAAAGAUCUAUGUCACCAGUAGUCCUUCGAGGAUCCUAAAUGAGCUUGAGCUCCUCCAUGACCUUCGGGACUCGGAUGCGAUAUGCCCCCUGAUCACCGCAUUUCGCCACCAGGACCAGGUGAUUGCUAUCCUGCCGUUCUGCCCUCAUCGCGACUUUCGAGACUACUACAAGGGGAUGUCGAUGAACGACGUUCGCGUCUACAUGAGAAGUUUGUUUGUUGCUUUGCAAAGCGUUCAUGAUCACGGCAUCCUUCAUCGGGACGUCAAACCGACCAAUUUCCUUUACUCCCCAUCACGCGGGCGUGGCCUCUUGGUGGACUUUGGCCUUGCAGAAAGAGCUGGCACGGACUAUCAUUUCUGCUGUUGCGAGCUUGCUCCUACUGAACGACAAUCUCGCUUCCAGACGAGUACGUACAAGAUCAUGCCUUCUGAUCGAGGCCGGUACCCGAACCAAAAGACCGACACUCGCCCUACUCGACGAGCCAAUCGUGCUGGAACCCGAGGGUUUCGUGCUCCCGAGGUGCUUUUCAAAUGUACCGCCCAAACCACCGCCAUUGACAUCUGGAGCGCUGGGGUGAUGCUUCUCACUUUUCUGACCAAGCGAUUCCCUUUCUUCCAUAGCGCUGAUGACAUCGACGCCGUCCUUGAGAUGGCUGCACUAUUCGGGAAGAAGAAGAUGCAUCAAGCCGGAAUGCUGCACGGACAGAUGUUCGAAACGAAUAUCCCAACAUACCGUGAGUCCGGAUACAGCUGGGAGAAGAUCGUCUUGUGGGCGAGUGGAAGGGAUGGAUCAAAAGGUGGUCGGCUCCAUCAGGACGAGAAAGAUGCCAUCGAGUUCAUGGAACUGUGCUUCGCCAUUGACCCAAAAGAGCGCAUCACCGCAACGGGAGCGUUAGAGCAUCCUUUCAUCAACAGUUAUGCACCGGAUGAUGCAGAGGAUAUGGUUGACUUGCUAUGA